CAUUCGAGCUUCCAAAUCCUGAGCUUUCCCAAAGUCCUACAGCCUCUUCCCGUUUCGACACCGUUCGGUAGCUCUCGUGGCCAGCCCCUGAAAUGGCGCCCACCAAGAUCUACGGCUUGAACAUGUCGACGUGCACUAAGAGGGUCCUCACCACCCUCGAGGAAAAGGCCGUCGCGGACUACGAAUUAAUUCCGGUGGACCUCGGCAAGGGCGAGCACAAGUCGGAGGAGUUCAAGAAGAAGCAGCCAUUCGGUGUCAUCCCCUAUCUGGACGACGGGGAUGUUCAAGUCUUUGAAUCUCGAGCCAUCGCGCGUUAUAUCUCUGACAAGCACGCUGGCCAGGGCACGGAGCUUCUCGGCUCCACGUUGAAGGAGCGCGCGCUGGUGAACCAGUGGCUGGAGGUGGAGGCGCAGAACUACAACUCGCCCAUCUCGCAGCUCAUCGCGGAGAAGGUCUUCAAGCCCAUGUUCGGCGGCGGCGAGCCAGACCAGGCCAAGGCGGCGGAGCACAAGGCUAGGCUGUCGACCGUGCUGGACGUGUACGAGGCGCAUCUGGCUAACAACGAGUACUUGGCGGGGUCCGCUUUCUCGCUGGCGGAUCUGUCUCACCUGCCCUACACGGCUAUGCUGUGGGUGUCAGGCGACUCGGAUCUCAUUACCUCCCGACCCAAUGUGAAUAAGUGGUGGGAACGUAUCACCUCUCGUCCUUCUUGGAAGAAAAUUUCUGCCUUGCAGUAAGAAGGGGGCGGAACUGAUGUAGGGAACAGGUGUCAUCAGUAUAUCUGCUGUUACUAAUCUUAUGUAUGCUUCAUUACUAGAUAUGAGUGAAAGUAUUUACUCGCAGAAGUUUUGAUUCCAC